AUGCUGAUCCUAGUGCACUCGGUGACCCAGCUGACCCAGCUCCUUCCUGCCCCUCUCCCCUCCCUACCACUUCCGUUCGUCCCUUCCCGUCUCGCCUCUACCCCUUUCGUUCACUCCUCCCACCCCUCUCCCAUCCUACCCCUUUCCCUCGCUCGUCCCCAUCCCUCUCUCAUCCUACCCCUUUCCCUCGCUCCUUCCCAUCCCUCUCCCAUCCUACCCCUUUCCCUCGCUCCUUCCCAGCCCUCUCUCAUCCUACCCCUUUCGCUCGCUCCUUCCCACCCCUCUCCCCUCCCCACCCUUCGCGUUCUCCACUUCCCACCCACCUUUCCGCCAGUCGACUCGUCUACGUCUGGCAAGAAAACAAACGCGGGGGCGUUUCUCUUUCCUCCUGCUGCCGGCCCCGCCAUCCCCGCCGCCCCGCCCGCCCCGCCCGCCCGCGCUGCCCCCGCCGCCGCCGCGCCGGGCGCAACCUCCCCUGCAUCAGUUGCCCUAUCACCACGCAAGUCCGCAGCUGCUGCUGCAUAUGCCGGCGCUACUUCAUACCCCCUUGGCCGGGGAGAAGACCCGCUGGGGGACGUUGCCUGCAUUCCCCCUAUCCCCCCUGCGCCUCCUACUCCCCCCGCGCCCCCUAUCCCCCCUGCGGCCCCUAACCCCCCUGCGCCCCAUACCCCCCCUACCCCACCUGCGGAAGGGGAAAUCGCUCGCGGGCUGGGGGACCUCUGA